UGACCGACACCACCAGUUCCUACUGCUGUGGCCACCCACGUCCACUGUUCACCCGGAGACUGGAGAGACGGACGCAGGCGUUGGACCAGAGCACGGAGCGAGGACAGGCAGCCGGCCCUUCCAAGGAGUUAUGGAUGUUGGUGCACCCGCUUCUGGCCAGAUCCGUACCCAGAGGGAGCUAACGGAUAGCCACCACCUCCAGCUGUCUGCUCGCCUCGCACCAGCUCUUACCCUUCCAGUAUGUUCCUUCUGAUGAGACAAUUUCCAGCGCCGAGAGUUUCAGUACAAUGUGGAAAUGGAUACUGACACAUUGUGCCUCAGCCUUUCCCCACCUGCCCGGCUGCUGUUGCUGCUUCUUGUUGCUCUUCUUGGUGUCUUCCAUCCCUGUCACCUGCCAAGCUCCUGGUCAGGACAUGGUGUCACUGGAGGCCACCAACUCCUCUUCCUCCUCCUCUUCUUCCUCCUCCUCCUCCUCCUUCUCCUCUCCUUCCAGUGUGGGAAGGCAUGUGCGGAGCUACAAUCACCUCCAAGGAGAUGUCCGCUGGAGAAAGCUGUUCUCCUUCACCAAGUACUUUCUCAAGAUUGAAAAGAACGGCAAGGUCAGCGGUACCAAGAAGGAAAACUGUCCGUACAGUAUCCUAGAGAUAACAUCAGUGGAAAUUGGAGUUGUUGCCGUCAAAGCCAUUAACAGUAACUAUUACUUAGCCAUGAAUAAGAAGGGGAAACUCUACGGCUCAAAAGAGUUUAACAAUGACUGCAAGCUGAAAGAGAGGAUAGAGGAAAAUGGCUACAACACCUAUGCGUCCUUUAACUGGCAGCACAAUGGCAGGCAGAUGUAUGUGGCGCUGAACGGAAAAGGGGCUCCCAGGAGAGGACAGAAAACUAGAAGGAAAAACACCUCUGCUCACUUCCUCCCAAUGGUGGUACACUCCUAAAAGAAGGCGCUGGUGGUGGAUGCAGCACAACAAACACUCUUUGGCAAGGAGGAGUUGGUGUCCUCACUGAAGACCAUAGUGCAAAUGGCAAAGGCAUACCACAGAGUUCAUCUUGUUUAAAGGAAGGAAAGCUUUGGAUGUUUUUUUAUUCACUGCUGACAUAUGAAAUUCUUUUCACUAGCUCUGUGUCAUGCCUUAUAACCAAGUUAGAAGCAAAUCAAAUGGGAUGAAAAUUAUCCUCAAGGGAACAACCUUGUGCCUGGGUUGGUUUUUCGUUUGUUUGUUUGUUUUGUUUUGUUUUCUUAAGUUUUUGUUUUUGAACUUCUGAGAUAGGACUGAAAGGACAUGAGACACUCUGUUGAACGAUCUUUGGGAAGUUAUUUAUGGAAUAUGAACACAUAUUAAAGACUUCAAUGAGCAGUAAACACGCAAGCAUUUACUGGAAACUUGGGUCGCAUCAUACGCGCAACCAAAGGAGCUUUGGGUGUGGCACCGUGGAAGAAUUGGGUCAGAUUUACAAAUAUAAACACAUUAGUGUGAACUGUUCUAACAAUACAAAUAGUAUGGUCAUGCUUGUGCAUCCUGCAUCCAGCCUUUUCUAUUUCUUUCUAAGUUAUUUAUUUAAUAGGAUGUUAAAUAUCUUUUGGGGUUUUAAAGAGUAUCCCUCAGCACUGCCCUCUGAUUUACCUUCUCAUUUUUUUUUUUUUUUUGGCACCAUACGCACGUUCAUGACAAACUGUUUUAAGAACUUGGCAAACACUUCAGAAAUAGGAGAUGAGAUCGAGGAAGCAGUAUGAGUGCCCCAUGUGCUCUCUGUUGACUUAAUUUACACUUCUGCAAUAAGAACCAUCAGUGAUGACUGUGGCAAAGGUCUGCUAGCGCUUGAGUAGCAGAUAACCGCCAUCAUUUGCCAACACCUAUUAGUCCUGAGGCUUCCGUACCUAGAAUAUAGAAGGGCAAAUCCUCUGUCAUUGCCUCAUUGCAUCUCCAAGAAGAUA